UCCCAUUUUUUUUUCCGAAGCACUUCAGACUCCCAGAGGUAACUGGUAAGAGCCGCAGCAGCAGCACAAGAAGAAGGCGUCUACCAGAAGAUGAGAAGAAACUCGCUUAUCUCUUCCUCAAAUCAAAAUCAUAAUUUCGAUUAUUCUCAAUCUCUUUUGUAAAACCCUUUGUGAUUUGUUUCAUUGUUCUUGAGAUGAUGUUAUUUAAGGCUGAUUUGUUAGAUUAUGUUUGUUAUUUGAUGGGUUUCAUAUUUAUGUUGAGAUAUAAACGGAUUCAUGAUAUAGAUUUGAUGUUUUUGUGAACUAUAUUGAGUGUAAAUGGUUGUGUUUAGGUUGGGUUUUGUCCAUUAAUGUUGCUUUCUGUUUUAGGGUUUAUAAGAAUCAAAAGUAUGUAAUUAAAAUUUAAUGAAAUUUCAGGUUUUUUAGCUAUCAUAACUUGUCAUUUCUGAUAAAUGGUUCGACUUAAUUUUGUUAAAUUGGUAGUCCUUGUUGUUCAUUUCAAGUUGCUAUGAUAUGUAAGAUGUUGAUAUACAAGGUAGAACUAGUUAGUCAUUCAUGCUUAAUUGAUCAACUAGUUACACUUUAAGGAAAUUGUAAUUGUUGGGGCCAUCUCCAUGUUUUCGUUGUUCCUUCACUCUUUUUAGUGUUGAUUUUGUAGAAGCAUCUUUUCGUUUCUUGCCUGUUUGGAAAUGUGCAAUUGUUUCAAUGUUGAGAUUGUAAUUGUUGGGACUGGAUCUUAUUGAUGUUGUUGUUUUUUCCACUCUUUUUACAAUCUCCAUAGUGAGAUUAUAAUUGUUUUUGUCUGUUUGUUUUUUUCAAUGAUGAAGUGAAUAUAUUUUAGGGUUUUUUGUUGGUAUUCAAUGGUAAAGUCAUAUCUUUUUAGAUUUAUUUCUAUGUUACUCGGUGGUUUCGUUUGAAUCCUAAAUCUGGUCUCUUUUUUACUCUUUUGGGAAUUAAGGGCAAAAUCAAUCAAUGGCGAUGGCUUUUCUAAAGAAAACAAGUAAUCUUCUUCUUCAUCAUCACCAAAUUGGUUCACUUGUUGCUGCUAGGAAGAUUGAAGUUCCAUCUUCAACCCGUUUCCUCAACAAUCGCAGCAACACUUGGUUGCCUAAUUUCGUUGAAGAAAAUGAUGUUAUUGAUAGAACAUCAUCUUCUCUUUCUGAUUCCCUCUCUUAUCUCCGUCGUGAUUCCUCUCCUAAUCUGGGUAGUAAUGUUUUGGGUCAAUCUUCUUCGCCAUCCAGAGGUCCUAGGAUGGAUAAUAAUUUUCAAUUUACAAACCCACCUAGAGGACGAACUGGAUUCACUGGAUUAAAAAGAUUGGAUACAACAGAAAGUGUCGACGAUAGAGAUGUUAAGGCGAAUACAGUCGUAGUAAGAGUCAAAGGGUUUACUAAUUUCAGGAAAAAGAAAGAAGCUGUCUUGCGAUUGAGAGAAGCAUUAGGACCCAAAUAUCAGAUUAUAAACGUACAGGAUGUCACCAACCUUCCACAUAAUGGAUGCCGACUCCCCAAGAAACGUCGAAAGUAGAACAAGAGAAUGAUGUUCAGAUUUCUUGACAGUGAGUUACGAUUUUAUCUGCUAGUCAUUUUGCACCUAGCUGAGGCAUGGAGUGCAGAGCAGGCUGAGUGUAAAGCUUUAUCGGAGGCGAUGCAACGGGCAAAUAAACUGAGAGAUGGAGAAUGUACACUUUGAGCUCGACUCUAAGGUGGUGGCUGAUGCUGUAAACUGUGAAAGCUUCAAUAUAGAACGGAGAAUCCACAAUUUAAUUUUUGAAAUAAAAAGUGUUCUUAGAGUUUUUACGUCUUGGCAGUGUUGUUAUGUGCCAAAAGAAAGGAACAAGGUCGCUGACAUUUUAUCCAAAUGUUGCCAGAGUUGAAAGGAUGAGUGGAGUUUGGCUUACUUCUCCUCCCAGCAAUAUAAAUGUUCAUUUGCUGGAAGACGCAUCUCAUGUAAACUCGUAAUCCUUCUUAAUACAAUUCUUUUUCCAGUUUCAAAAAAAAAAAAAAAAAAA